UAUUUUUAUUAUUGUGUUGUUUUUAACUGGACAAAAUUCUUGGUUUUUACUCACUUAUAACAGUUUGCAUGCACUGAUUGAUACGGCAAUUAGUAAACAGCUGAUUUAGCAACUAUAAAAAGAGUAAUACAUCUGUUGCUGAAUGAAUCUGAACAAAGUCAUCGAUGGCGUUGUAAAUUAAUGAGUAACUGGACAAAACAACAAGUGCAAUUCAAAUUCAAUGCCGGGAGGCAGUGACGACACUCGGCCCCUGGUGGCCGCCCAGGAGGAGGAGGAGGAUGAUGAGAUCCUGGGCACCGAGGGCAGCUUUGUGCCCGCCUUUCGGCCGCAGGACCACCAGGAGUACAACCUCCUGGGGCACCGCCAGCAGCAGCAGGACGAAGUCGUCCUGGUGUCCAACGAACCCACCAGUGGUCGCUUGUUUACCUACUUUGUGUUCUACCUGCUGGGCAUUGGCACCAUGACCCCAUGGAACUUCUUUGUCACAGCCGAAGAUUACUGGAAGUACAAGUUUCGGAAUGCUUCUAUUAACACCACCGAUCUGGACGAAGAGCUCACCCCGCUGCAAAAGAGCUUCACCUGCGACCUCACCCUCACGGCCACCAUUUCGGGCACCACCUUCCUUCUGCUAAAUGCCAUCUACGGUCACCAUGUUUCGCUGCGCACCAAGAUGCUGGGCACGCUGUGGGUGAUCCUCGUCCUCUUUGGCGUGACCACUGGCUUCGUGGAGGUCAACACGGACACGUGGCAGGAGCAGUUCUUCCUCAUCACGCUCAUCAUUGUGGUGCUGCUUAAUAUUUCUGCGGCCACCAUGUCGGGAGCUCUUUACGGAGUCGCUGGACUGUUUCCCUCCGAAUUCAUCACCGCUGUGGUCAGCGGACAGGCUCUCGGAGGCAUUCUCACCGCCUUGGCCUUCAUUCUUGUGCUCGCCUUCGACACGGGCCCCAAUACCACCGCCUUCAUCUUCUUCAUCGUGGGCGGCGUGCUCAUCCUGCUCUGCAUUGUGUGCUAUGUAAUCCUGGCCAGACAGCCCUUCUUCCGCUAUUAUCUCGAGGGCGGAGACAAGUACAAGGUCAUCCGAGCAGUGCCGUCGCACAGUCCAAAUGAAGGAGCAGAGGGCUUGCCGCUGGAGCCAAUUUUAAGGCAGGUCAUGUCGAAGAUCUAUCUGCACGUCAUUUGCCUUGCGCUUCUCUACACUACCACAUUGUCCGUCUAUCCGGCGGUUACAGUGCUGAUGCAGUCCGAGUACGGACACAGUGAGUGGACAGAUGUCUACUACCUGCCCGUUGUUAACUAUUUGAUCUUCAACUGCGGUGACUACUUUGGGCGUCUUUUCGCUGGCUGGCUGGAGCGUCCUACCAACCAAAACACCUCGUUGUUGUUCGUUGUAGUUCGCAUGGCGUUCGUUCCGUUCUUCCUCUGCUCCAACUCCAGUGAGCACAACUUUCUGCCUGUUCUGGUCAAGCAUGACUACUCCUUCAUUGCGAUGAUGGUCGUGUUUUCCCUGUCCAAUGGCUUUUUCACAAACAUACUACUCAUAAUGGCGCCGAAAAGCGUGAAGCAGCACGAAAAGGAGCUGGCUUCCUCCAUUAUGGCGGCCGCCUUGAGCUGCGGCAUGGCUGUGGGAUCGCUGCUCAGUCUGGUUUUCGUUCAGAUGCUGUGAUCACGCCAGAAACAAUGAGUCUGCCGAUGGUGCCUUAGGAAAUUAUAGAAUCUGUAAGCUUUAUAGUGUCAUUUCACCUGAUAUUGUUUCCAUAUCGUAUAAGUGGUGUUUUUUUUAUAGUUAACUCUAAAUCCUCUCAUUUCUAUUGUUUUUUACCAUAUUCACUGUAUCAUGUUGCCAAUAUGUAAGUUUUGAAGUUUUUCUUAUGUGCUAGGAAUAAGGCCAUUUUUUGAACAAACAAAGAACAAAGAACAACAA